UAUAUCUCUCGAGUUUCUUUGUGUCUCCCUCCAACUCCAAUCCAGUAUUCUCUCACCGGUUCCCCUUUCCUCUCUUCUUCUUCUUCUUCUCGAUUUUGUUCUUUCCAAUUUCUUCUGUUGCCUUUUCCCCUCUUUCUUCCCACCUCCUGUCGAGCGAGACUGGGUCCUGCUCGGGGGCAGGUAAUAAUGUCGCCGGGCGCGAGAGACCUGCAGCUGGCUCGAGUCGCCGGCGGCCAGGACGCUGAUGCCGGUGACAUGGAGGACGUCAGGCUCCUGGACUCGUACGAACAGCGGGAAUCCGAUGAUGUGAUCGAGGCUGGAGAAGGCGAGGAAGGAGGAGAGGGAAUGAUGAGGAGGAUUCAGGUCAGGAUUACCGGGAUGACCUGUGCUGCCUGCUCCAAUUCCGUCGAAUCAGCUCUCAGGAGCGUCAAUGGCGUUGUCUCCGCCUCUGUUGCGCUGCUUCAGAACAGGGCCGAUGUCGUGUUUGACCCCAGCUUGGUCAAGGACGAUGAUGUCAAGAAUGCAAUUGAGGAUGCAGGGUUUGAUGCAGAGGUUAUGCCUCAACCUACUACAACGAAGAAAAAUUCAGACAGUAAAACCCUGGUGGGUCAGUUCACAAUUGGGGGUAUGACUUGUGCCGCUUGUGUGAACUCAGUUGAAGGUAUUUUGAGAAAUCUUCCUGGUGUGAAGAGGGCUGUUGUGGCGCUGGCCACAUCUUUAGGGGAAGUUGAGUAUGAUCCCACGAUAAUUGAUAAGAAUGACAUAGUGAAUGCCAUUGAAGAUGCUGGUUUCGAAGGGGCACUUGUACAGAGCAGUCAGCAGGACAAAAUCAUAGUGGGAGUUAGUGGAGUAAUGACAGAGAUGGACGCACAACUUUUGGAAGGAAUACUUAGCACAUCAAGAGGCGUUCGUCAAUUCCGUUACAACAGGAUAUCCACCGAACUUGAAGUUCUUUUUGACCCUGAAGUCAUUAGCUCUAGAUCCUUGGUUGAUGGGGUCGAGGAAGGGAGCAAUGGCCAAUUCAAAUUACACGUUAUCAAUCCAUAUGCAAGAAUGACGUCUAAAGAUAAUGAGGAAGCGUCCAAUAUGUUCAGACUUUUCAUGUCCAGCUUGCUUUUCAGUAUUCCAGUCUUUUUCAUAAGAGUGAUAUGCCCUCAUAUACCACUGCUAUAUUCUGUGCUACUCUGGCGUUGUGGACCGUUCAUCAUGGAUGAUUGGUUGAAGUGGGCAUUGGUGAGUGUGGUUCAGUUUGUAAUUGGGAAGCGCUUCUAUGUAGGAGCUGCAAGGGCACUUAAAAAUGGUUCAACCAAUAUGGAUGUGUUAGUUGCACUUGGAACCUCCGCCUCGUACUUCUACUCUGUUUGUGCCCUUCUAUACGGCGCUGCCACUGGGUUCUGGUCUCCUACCUACUUUGAAACAAGUUCCAUGUUGAUAACAUUCGUAUUAUUGGGGAAGUAUUUGGAAUGUCUUGCAAAGGGAAAAACAUCUGAUGCCAUCAAAAAGUUAGUAGAACUUGCACCAGCAACUGCAUUACUGGUUGACAAAGACAAAGGUGGAAACAUUCGAGAAAGAGAAAUAGACGCCUUACUGAUUCAGCCUGGUGAUACUUUAAAAGUUAUUCCUGGUGGAAAAAUUCCUGCAGAUGGUGUUGUUGUAUGGGGUUCAAGUUAUGUUAAUGAGAGUAUGGUAACUGGAGAGUCGGAGCCUGUUCUCAAGGAAGCUACUUCAUCAGUUAUUGGUGGUACUAUUAACUUACAUGGUGUGCUACAUGUAAAGGCCACUAAAAUUGGAUCGGAUGCUGUUCUGAGCCAGAUAAUUUGUUUGGUUGAAACAGCACAGAUGUCCAAAGCUCCAAUUCAGAAAUUUGCAGAUUUUGUUGCUAGCAUUUUUGUCCCUACAGUUGUUGCCAUGUCUUUGAUUACAUUAUUGGGCUGGUACAUUGGUGGAAAAAUAGGAGCUUAUCCUGAAGAGUGGCUUCCUGAAAAUGGCAAUUUCUUUGUCUUCUCUCUCAUGUUUUCAAUAUCAGUGGUGGUAAUUGCAUGUCCAUGUGCGCUUGGGUUGGCAACACCAACAGCAGUGAUGGUUGCCACUGGAGUUGGAGCUAAGCAUGGUGUGUUGAUAAAAGGAGGAGAUGCUUUGGAAAGGGCUCAAAAGAUCAAUUACGUGAUAUUUGAUAAAACUGGAACUUUAACUCAAGGUAAAGCAACAGUCACCACUGCAAAAGUUUUCACAGCAAUGGAUCGUGGAGAAUUCCUCAGAUGGGUGGCUUCUGCAGAGGCGAGCAGUGAGCAUCCAUUGGCAAAAGCAAUAGUGGAGUAUGCACGGCACUUCCAUUUCUUUGAUGGGCCUUCUCCAACAAAGGAUGGUGAAACCCACAAUAAAGAUUCAACAAUAUCCGGGUGGCUUUUGGAUGUCUCUGAUUUCUCUGCACUACCUGGAACGGGUGUCAAGUGCUGUAUAGAUGGCAAACGAGUCCUGGUGGGUAACCGGAAGCUCAUGGCUGAGAAUGGCAUUGAAAUCUCAGCUGCUACCGAGAGUUUUGUAGUAGAACUUGAAGAUUCUGCAAAGACGGGCAUACUUGUUGCAUUUGAUGACAAGUUGAUUGGCGUUCUGGGAGUUGCGGAUCCUUUGAAGAGAGAAGCUGCUGUCGUUGUAGAAGGGCUUCAAAAAAUGGGCGUCGAACCAGUCAUGGUCACUGGAGACAACUGGCGGACAGCUCGUGCAGUAGCCAAAGAGGUAUGUAUUCCUUAUCUUAAAUCAACCAAAAAUGGGCUCACCAGAAACUUUUAUCAUCUGGAAGAGGAGCUAAGAGCACGUUGCAUCCAAAGCAGGUUGGGAUUAAAGAUGUAAGAGCAGAAGUAAUGCCAGCAGGCAAGGCCGAUGUGGUCCGCGCACUUCAAAAGGACGGGAGCACGGUUGCCAUGGUUGGUGAUGGCAUAAACGACUCCCCGGCCCUGGCUGCAUCUGAUGUCGGCAUGGCCAUUGGUGCGGGGACGGAUAUAGCAAUAGAAGCUGCCGACUACGUGCUGAUGAGGAACAACUUGGAGGACGUAAUCACGGCCAUCGAUCUGUCGAGGAAAACGUUUGCUCGCAUCCGUUUGAACUACAUGUUUGCGAUGGUGUACAAUGUGGUGGCGAUACCCAUAGCUGCUGGGGUGUUCUUCCCUUAUUUGAGGAUCGAGUUGCCGCCGUGGGCAGCAGGUGCCUGCAUGGCGCUGUCAUCGGUGAGUGUAGUGUGUUCUUCUUUAUUUUUGAGACGAUACAAGAAGCCCAGACUCACCACGUUACUGAAAAUUACUGUGGAGUAGAUAAGGAGGAAAGUGUGAAGUAAAUAACAUUGUAAUGUUGUGAUGAAUUGUUGCAACAAAACGGGGGGAAAUGUUGUGAGGGUAAAGUAAAAGGAGGGAAUAGAGAAUUUGGGGAGGUUCUGGGCUGAAUAGCUAUUCGUCGCCCUAAAAUUCAAAUUUUUUUGACCCUUUUACCCUCUGGCCACAAUUUCUAACCAAAACCUAAACAAUCCUUACCUUGCCAGCCGCCGCAGAACUCCUCUGUCCUCCGUCCACUGCUGCCGCUGCCAGAUUCCUAUCGCCGACAAGAAAAAAUGGAAACAGACAGACACUGGAUGUCAUGAUCUUAUAUAUACAUGUCCAUUAUUUUAUUUUUGUACUUAAAUUCAUUUAUUAGCAUCACAACAAGCAAGCACCUAGCAAACCUCAACCCGACCACCGCCACUUCCCUACUGUCCUGAUGCUGCCAGAUUCUUUAGUUGGCACUGAGCAAGAGCCAAGAGGAAGGGAACGAAGGAGGAAGGAGGAUUUGGGUUUGUUUUUUU